CCAUCCACAAUGAAGUUCCUUGCCUCUCUUGCCCUGUUGGCGUCUACUGUGGCUGCUGGCCCGGUGCUGUACCCCCGCCAGUCCAGCAACUCCACCCAAUCUUUCUACCUCAAGACCUCGGGCGCUACCAAUGACGACCACAACAACCUCUAUGUCUAUGCCUACCACACCGGUGCGGGAUUUAACGAUGCCGUGCUCACCUCGGACGUCGGAACGGCCAGCCCGGCCUUCCUGAACGGCACCCACACCCAGUUCGACCUGGGCACUUCUUUCCCCUGGGGAUUCAAGAUGGGCGUCCAGAACAACUAUGCAGCAUGGGAGUCCGUUCAGAUCAAUGUUGGAUACGGCGAUGAUGACUUCUCCAUUGGUUCUACCGGUCUGGAGUGGUCGGCACAGGAUGGCUUUGGAGGCUGGCUAGUGUGCGACUGGUACCACAACGCACCCCAGCUCUUCUACAUCUACCGCUAUGAGGAGCCCACUAUUCCGUCCUCCUGCAGCACUGUCGACCUGACGCCCGAAUACACUUCCUAAAGACACGACGUCUAGACCUCGCCACAGUGCCUUAACAGGGGCUCUAUGACGAGUGUGGCGUGACUGAUGAAUCAUGAGACCGAAGGAUCUGGGAGGAUAUGCGCCUCUCCCAGCCUGAAAGAGAAUGCUCACUGUAACAAUACGCCUGUUAAACGAUCGACCCUUACUAAUGUUAAUAUACUUAAUGAUGAGUGAGAAUGAGUUUUGAUGAUUGGGGAGGAAGGUGAUCUAUCUAUACGCGAAGCGUGGCAUGUUGCAUAGUCAGGAAUAUCUGGUUUAGAUAAUCUCACGUAAAUAUAUGCAUUUAUACUAUCUAUUAUCUCUAUUCUCUAUGAUUGAC